ACGCCAUUUUCGCUCUCUCUCUCUCUAUGCAUGUGCUCUCUCUCUUUCUCUCUCUUCAACUUUCUCACUCUUCUUCUUACUAGCUGCUGCUUACAAAAUACAGUUGCAGAAAAUCAAGUAAAACGAGAUCUUCGUAUUUUCAACCCUAUUUCUUCUCUUCUGAUUCAAAUCAAAUCUACGAAAUGAAAACUAACAAAACUUCAAAUCCUGUUAUUACUUUCGAUCACAAGAGGGAUGCCUAUGGGUUUACGGUGAGACCUCAGCACCUGCAAAGAUACCGUGAAUAUGCGAAUAUAUACAAGGAGGAAGAGGAGGAAAGGUCAGAGAAGUGGAAGUCAUUUUUAGAUAGGCAGGCAGAGACGGAGUCUUCUGAAUUGGCCUCAGCUGUGGGAGAAGAUGAGAAAGUUUCUGGGGACGAGGUUGUCGGGGAAGAAGUUGAUGCGAGUUUAGAGAAGGGUGUUGAUGGACAUCAAACAAGCGGGCACGUCCCUGGCAGUGAAGAUAGUACAAUUGAAAAUGGAAGUCAAAAGGAGGAGUUACCAGCAUCUGAAGUGACUAAGAUUCAUAGAGUCCAGUUAUGGUCAACCAUAAGGUCAUCUCUUCAUAUUAUUGAGGAUAUGAUGAGUGCCCGUGUAAAGAAGAAAACUGCAUCAGUAAAAGAUGAAAGAAACAAGAAUGGUGUUUCAAAAGACGAGAAGAUCGCUGAAACUGAGAAAUCACUAUCUCAUUCUGAUGAUGCUAAAUCACCAAAAGGAGCAUUUGAGGAAGACUCUGAGGACGAGUUCUAUGAUGUUGAAAGGUCCGAUCCUAGUCCAGAUUCUCCUCGUGUUGAUGGCUUGAGUACCUCUGCAAAUAGGAUUGCUGCUGAUGCUGCACCACUGCAGGUUCCGUGUCCUUGGAUAGAAGAGUUGGAAGUUCUUGUUCGUGGGGGAGUGCCAAUGGCACUUAGGGGAGAGCUCUGGCAAGCUUUUGUGGGUGUCAAAGCAAGACGAGUAGACAAGUAUUAUCAGAAUCUACUAGCCUCCAAUGGUGAUUCUGAAAUUAAAAGUAAUCAUCAAAACUUGCAAUUAGAUGACAAUGAUGGUAAAAUAAAUGCAGAACUCAUACAUGUACCAGAAAAAUGGAAAGGACAGAUUGAGAAGGAUCUGCCACGGGCAUUUCCUGGUCAUCCUGCUUUGGAUGAGGAUGGUAGAAAUGCUUUGAGACGAUUACUUACUGCAUAUGCUCGACACAAUCCCUCUGUUGGUUACUGCCAGGCAAUGAAUUUUUUUGCUGGCUUAUUGCUGCUUUUGAUGCCUGAAGAAAAUGCCUUUUGGACCUUAAUGGGCAUUUUAGAUGAUUAUUUUGAUGGCUAUUUUUCAGAGGAUAUGAUAGAGUCUCAGGUGGAUCAACUUGUUUUUGAAGAGUUGGUGCGGGAGAGGUUUCCCAAAUUGGCCAAUCAUCUGGAUUAUCUAGGAGUGCAGGUUGCAUGGGUUACUGGACCAUGUUGUACAUGCUCUGAACCAACUAAAAUUGUAUGUGUUUCUAUGUCGAGUGAAGAAAGAGUUUAUAUGCAGGGGCAUCAACAAGAUAACGGAUGGGCAUGUGGAUAUUAUGUCAUGAAAAAUAUGUUUGACAUUAUUGAUGCUUGUAUUGUUGAAAGAUUCAAUGAGAUAUUCACAGACACCUCAUCAUAUGAAAAAGAGUCAAUUGAUCACAUCCGACAACUUUGGGCUCAAUUCUUUUUGCAAAAGGUUGAAGAGCAAGAGAACCAGGAAAAGAAAGAUUUAAUGACAAAACAGAAGCGAUUAAAAAAAACUUAUAUAUAG